CUUCCAGUUGCCUUCCCUCUGCAUUCCCCAGGGGCAGGCUGGAACAAGUUGUGAUGACUUCUGGGAAGUGGACUGUGUGGGGACAUAAGGGUGGGGACAGGUGGGGCGCACCUAUCUCUCCAUUAACACGGACACCAAGAGGCCCAUUUGAUGUGGCCAUUGUACCAGAGUGGCAUCCAAAAACAGUCUGUCAGAGGUGAGCCUCAAACCUACAGAGAGAAGUAUCCCCUCCAGCCUGAAGUCAUACCCUGAAGUCACUUGGGCACUUCUAAUUCUGCAAAGGUAGUAGGAAGCAUGGCUCCUGUGUUUCGAGAUACCACCCAGGCCUUGGUAAGGCAACUGGACCCUACAGGGGAGCUGAUUCCCCUGGGCAGUAUCAUUGAUGUUUCCCGCUUCAGACCCUUCUGCCUGGUGAGGAGGAAGAGGAAGGGUACACUCUUCUGGGGAGCCCAAUAUGUCAAGACAGACCUCUCUCUCAGAGAUGUGCUGGAGGCUGGAACUAAGCUACCAGUACCAAAAAAAGACACAAAGAUCAAGAUUCAAGGAAACGGUGAAGGGACAAUGCAGGCUGGAGUGAAGACCACAGCCAUCGGGAUCCCUGUGAAUAUCAGCGUCUCUGCUGGUGGCUCCCAUAACAACUGCCUGGAGAUUCAGAAGCUCAGCAUCGUGGAUGAGCUGGAGUCCUUAAAGAAGUGGAAAUUGAAGAAGCCAGAGCCAUCCUUCCUGAAGAAGCUUCGGGAGCGAGGGGAGAAUCUGUAUAUGGUGACUGAGGCAGUGGAAACGCUGAAGGAUGCCAAACUGGAGAAGGGGAGGAAGGGUGGCGCCGGCAUUUCUAUCCCUCUCCUCACAGCCAUGGGGCUCAAGGGUUCCUUUAGCUUCAACACCACCAUCCAUGUCUCUCUGGGUUCUGUCCUGGCCUUCCGACUAAAGCAGCUUGUCAUUGGAGAAAAAAAUUGGGACAUCUCCCAUCUCAAGGAUAAAAAGCAGAAAACCUUCCUCUCCUCUGAUGGAUCCACAACCCAGAGAAGGCAGUGGCCGGAGUCAUCCUCCAAAGAACACAGGGGAUUCAAGGCACUUCAGGCUGAGGUGGAAGCAGAGAUCUCCAUUUUGAAGAAUCUGACCCUGGAAAGACGGGAGAUUCUGUUGGAUGCCCUCCUGGGGCUUCUGGGCCAGUCUAAAGCCCUACAAGAGCUGGAGGACAUGAUGAACCGAGCUUUGGACCUUGAAGAGCCAGUGAUACAAGGAUUCCUAGGGGGCCCUGGGGAUACUAUCCUAGCCAAGCUGCAGGACAUCUCAGGCAAACUCAACCCUUCCUGGGCAGGGAGCAUUCUCUACCUGUUGGGAGCACUCCAGGAGCUGAGUGAGGAACAACAGCAACUUCUGGCAAUGGCUGUGGAGAAGAGGAUCCUCUUCCAACAGCUGGAGCUGAUGGAGACCAUCCUGGAUCAGAAUUUCCUUCGAGCUGAAGCAGGGCCAUUCCGUCUCCAUUGUGAGCUCCUCCAGAGUUUUCAAGGAGAAGAGCUGACUGUGACCCAGGCCCUGAUAGGUCUCUGUGGCCUUGACCUACAGGGUGAUGGUCCCCUCUUUGCCUGGGACCCUGAUGCCCUGCCUCCCCUCUGUGCCCUAUAUGCUGCCCUCUCUGUUUUUCAAGGACUAUCUAGAAUCCCUUGGAUUGGCAGCCCCUUCACCCGACGCCAUACCACUCUGGCCCACCCAGUGAUGGGAAAAGCAGAGUGGAGUUCUGGGGCUCACCUUGGAGGGAUAGGGAAAACAGAAUGGGACUUGGGGAAUAACUGGGGGAAAGAGCGACUCCGCUCCCCAUCCCCCAGGUCAGAGCUCUCCCUUGAUGUGGGAAAGCUCCACCUGGGGUCCAGUUUGCUGGGGAAGGGCUUUGGGGACCUGGCUUCCUUGGAGGGUAUGAAAGUCAGGGCCUCUAAAGAGUCUGAGAGUUUUUCUACAGUUAGCCAAGAGGUGGAAGAGAAUGUGAGCUCCCACACCAACUUGCUCAGUAAGGGGCUUGGUAGAACCGGAAUGUUCCAGGGUAGAGGUAGCUCCUCAGUGUUUGAUCUAGAUGAUGACAAAGGCUUCUUCAGCCAUUCAAGUCUGCUAAUGAAGGGGGGUGAGAGCCCAGAGUUUGCAGCAAUGAAGACUGAGACCAUGAGAUUGGCUGCUGAGUUUGAUCUCCAAUCCCAGUCUCUACUGGCUGACCACCAUCUGCUGAGUCAAAGGUUUGGGGGCAGCUUAGGUCCCAAAACUCAUUUUGGGAUGGGGGGAGGAACCUCAAAAUUCUUCUAGGGACUAAGAUGGGCAUUUAGGAAUAAGGAAUCUGGGAAUAACUAUUCAAGCAAGAAAUUAUAGUGGGAAGUUCAAGGAAUAAUUUUGGAUCAGAGACCUGGAGGGAGUUGAGAAUAGGGGAAGCCUCUUCGUUCCCUGAAAACUCCAAGUUUCUCAAAGAAAGCAUCAACGUCACACAAAUCCCAAGGAGAUCUCCAUAUCUAAAUACCUCCUGCAAGGACCAGUCCAGUCAUCAAGUCAGUCCAUAUGCAUUUAUGAAGCAUCUGCUGUGUUCCAGGCACUGUGGGAAGCCCUAGGAAAAGAAAGGCAAAAGGUAGUCCCUGGACUCAGAGUUUACAAUCCACCGGGAGAGACAAUAUGCAAAGGACUAGAAACACACCCAGCCCUAAUCAUAACCAUAAUCUUCUCCCUAGAUUUGAAUAAGAGAAGGUCUCUCUGAAAUGCCAUAUUCCCCCAAUACUUCUCCUCCUCCCAGGGAGGAUACCCUGGUGUACCCUGCAAGUGGAAAUCAUCCUUUGUCUCUCCAGAUAGAUGUCCAAGUGUCCAAUAGUUAUUUUUCUGGGUCCCACUGCUGCCACCUGCUGGAUAUUCGCCUUUCUCUUGGGUCAGUGCUGCCAACCUUUCCUUUGCUUUUCCUCUUAGUUUCUAUCUUUCUCCCUUUGCUUCUUGUGAGGGAGAUGAAAUAAUAUUUAAAAAAAAGAAAGAGAGAGCAACUAUUAAAAAUAAAAGAACAAGCAGUUGG